AUGACUGCAUCAUGCGUUCAAGCCUGUAUCAGUCAAUAUCAGACGGAGGCUGCUGAGAACAAUGUUCCUUCGGCUUGGAUAAUGUACUUUAAAGCCGGAAUCCAAUGGGAGAUCACUCUCACAUGGAACGCGGUUCCAGACCACAUCUUUUCAUCCCACCUAUCCGAGUUUCGUCUGGUCCGGGAUCAUGGAGAACCCUCCUGGAUCAUAUCCUCCUAUGAUACUCCAUGGUGGAUGGGGGACACUACAAUCCCUAACCAACCAUGGCAAUGGGAUCGGGUAAUAGAUUCCUGUCACUUUCACUACCAGCAUUGGCUAAGCGGUGUUGAGGACAAUGGUUUCAUUCUUCCGGAGCAGCUGGACAGCACCCCGGCUCCAUCACUGGUGGGACUGAAGUGGAUUAGGGAACACCUGGUGUCGUUGAUUCAGGACCAUCAGGAGGGCAUCCAUGAUAAGAUGGUGGAGAUUGAUAUAUCUUUGACUCAAUGUCGAGUUCCGGGUAUCACAUUCUGGGUACCGGGCAUUGAGCACCAAGGUCUGGGUGUCGAGUACCAAACACUGAACACCAAACACCGAAUACCGAAUACCGAAUGCCGAGUAUCAACGUCUGGGUAUCAAGUUCUGUGUAUCAAGUUCCGGGUACCGGGCAUCAAGGUCUGGGUGUCGAGUACUGACCACCGAACAGUACCGAGUACCGAGUACCGAGCUCCGGGUUCUGGGUUCUGGGUGUUGAGUACUGACUUCCAGGUGUGUGAUCCGGGUGCUGAAUGCCGAGUGCCGGGCAUUGACUACUGA